AUGUGCAUUAUUUUUUAGCCUCAGACGGAAAUGCUCAGACUUCUCGCUGUCUAUCAGAAUUUCUGAACGUGGGCAUGAAGGAAGAUUCCCUUCAUUAAAUUAACUGUGGGCUUAAUACGUCACGUUUUCGUAUCCUUUGAGCAAACAGCAGACUUGCGCUGACACAUCGAUCCUCGCACGUGCGAUGUGAAACAUGGAUCAUCCAGCAUAUCAUGGGCCGAUAAGCAAACAGAGAUGUGAGGAGCUGCUCGGCAAGAAAGGACGGGACGGAACAUACCUCAUUCGGGAAAGCGAGACCAUUCAGGGAGCUCUCUGCCUCUGUGUGUACAAACAAAAAGUGGUCUAUACCUACAGGAUCCUCCAGACCCACACUGGCCUUUUCACUCUACAGGCUAGCUCAGGUGUAGAGGAGAAGUUUUUCGAGACGUUGAAGGAUCUUAUUCAUCAUUACAAGCAAAAGAAUAAAGGACUUGCAACACACUUAUGCCAUUCCCUGAAAAGAAAAACGCUGCAAGAUCAGCCAAUGCAAUGUGCAGAACCACUAGUGCCUAACGAGGAAAAUGACUAUGAAAAUGUUGACUUCUCAGGGGACUAUGUUGUUGUUCUGCCGGACUGAUUUAAUUACAAUGUGACGGUCUGACUGGAUAACUGGAUCAGCUAAUAUGAACAAUAUAGAUAUGCUAUUACUGUUUCUGAGAACUUUCAGGCCAUGUUCAUCUCAAAUAUGGGAAAUGCACGUGGAUUCUUAUUACUUGAAACACAUUUUAGCAUGGUUAUGUUUUUAUGCAUGGAAAAUGCAUACAUUAAUGCUGUAAUUGUGUGAAUUUAAUGAAAGCCUGUUUCUGCUUUGGAAUAAAGAGGUUAUUAAAACUUUUCAUCUCACAAUUCCGAUGUUUCAUAAUUCUAAGGAAAAGUCAGAAUUGCAAGAUAUAAAUUCUAAAUCUAUACCUCAGAAUUCUGAGUUUAUUUCAUGCAGUUCUGAAGAAAUGAGAAUUGUGACAAAAAGAAAUGCAAGGAAAAAAUCAAAACUUUUUUUCAAAUUUGUAUUUUUUUUUUUCUGUGGCAGAAAUAGGCUUUAAUAGGAUUUUAGUGUAAUCUGUUACACACUAUAGUAUCAUAAUCAAUUGAGUGAAAGUUAAUUUGAAAAAUUAACAUGGUUUUCAGAAUGUAUUGGUAUUUGGGAUUGCUUUAAUGACAAAUUAUUUAAUGUACAGAGGAGCUCACAUGGUCAGUAUCACAUGUUUGAUUCAGUGUCCUAAAAAUAUUGCAAAAUAUUAAAUAUUGUUUAUUUAUUUUACAACAUUCUAGAAAUUCUAAAACUUGGUUGUAUAUUUUUAAUGUGGCCUCAGACUUUUAAAGUCAAUGGGUUGUCACUGGCCGAUAAAGUCUUGUUGGUUGGAAUUGUAGUACUAAUCUGGAUGGGAGAGAAAUAUUAGGUUUAUAUUUUGUGCUUGAUGACCUGUUCAUAAUUUAAGGACAAGAAGACUUUUUUUUAUUGUACAUAUUUAUUUUAUCUGUUUUUUUUUUUGUUUUUUUUUUUGUUUUUUUUAGAGAGACUGUGUAUCUGUAUAUUGUAUUUACAGUUUAUAAAUCUAAUAACAUUUUUCAAUAUUAAGUGCUUUCUAAUGAGUUUGGUGGCAUUUUCUUGAAUAUUGGUAGC